CGCGUUGAACUGAUGAGAGGCUCGCGCCAAAACCAAAUAUCACUCACUAUCUCACCGUUUGUUUCACGUUCGCUGCCUUUGUUUACACCGUAGAUGCUUGGAAUCCUCUCCUGUGGUUUGAAUGGUCUCUUUCAAAAAGCCUGAGCUCCGAUCAAUAGCUAGCAGUGUGUUAUGAGACGUAGAUCCUUGGGCGAUCGAACGAAUUGAAUGAAAUAUUCAACCUGGACGCGCUGGUCAUAUAAUGUAAGCAUGUUUUCGUUGACACAUUUACUGGUAGACUGUUCGAAGACAAAGUUCAUUUAAGUUUACUUUCCUAACUCUUUUCUUCAUGAUUGUACUUCUCGUGGUGCUUCUUGUUGGCAUGUUGCUAGAAAGGUUGGAUAUUUUGUCGAGGCAUGCAGUAGCCAGUGAGCAUACCUCGAUCUUACACUGGGUGCUGUGCAUGGCUAAGUAGAGCUGUAUAACUUAUAUGCUUAUAUUUUUUACUUUGCUUACUCUUUAUUUUUCCAAUUGACUUUUUCCAAGAUUUUUCUAAAUUAAAUCAAAUAAACUGAUUUAUUUAGGAAGCAUUUUAUUUUGUAAAUGGACAGUCCUGUUUUGAAGAAUCAAAUACAGGAACUCUUCUCAAACAAUGGUCAUUGACCAGAGAGAUCACUAAGAAAUAAGAAUUUAUCCAAAAAUGCGGUACACAACACUGAUUAACAUACAUAUCUGAAAACUGUCGCUUAUAAAAUUCUCGUUGAGGAGGUAAUAUUUUUCCUUAACCCUGGAACAAAUCGCUUUAGCCAUUUCAGAGUCCAAGCUGAACAAUUCUUGGGGUUGAAUCUUAAUUUGACUUAAGCUUAAUUAUUUUCUUGCACACUUCUCAAUUUCUUUCUUUUUUAUAUUUCUCAAUCGUAAAUAAAUUUCAUAGCUGUUAUGAACUGAAAUAUUAUGACUUACAAGAAAACAGAAAUAUUUUAAAAAAAUCACUAGAAUUUUGUCGCGACAAAGUGCAUACCAUCAUAGCUGCAAAGUCAGCCCCUCCUGCCUGCUUCAUUAUCAGCUCUUCUUGUUUGUUACUUGUGGAGCGAAGGACACAAACAUACUUUAUUGCGCUUAUUUAAGGCCGUUAUGAGGAUCUGUUUUAAAUCUGAGACUGCCAAAAUUAUUGGAAAGACUCAUGAAAACUCGCUGUCGAAAUUAUGGGACGAGGCGAAGGUAAGAUUCGAAGCUAUGCACUCUCUCAAUUUUGCUUCGUUGGAAAGUGUUUCAACCGAAGUGAAGUAACAGCGUUGUCUCGUUGUAUUUUUGCUUACAAUCCCCUUUUAAAGCCUUCAUCCACGGACAUGUUUUUUCCAUAAUAGGCUCUAGAUGCUUUACCGUUUACAAAUGUCCUAGUUUUCGUGACAGGAAUUGUUUGGCAUUGAUAUUAGAAAAGACAUCUAGUGCUAGAAUCACCAUUUGUAGACGCCAUUGUUGUGUUUGCUGUUUUCGAUCUCCUAGGAUGACUGCCGGUGGUUUGCCUCCAUCCAAGCAAGAUAGUACAGCUCAACAGAUCGAAAAUGUCGGAAAUUUGACAGGGGAAGUUUCUGCUAAAGAUCCUGAGGUUUUGCAUGACACACGCUCGCAAAAACAGGCUUCAAAGAAACGACCUCAAGAAGACCAUGCGGAUACAACAAAGGAUUCGACCUUAGCUACAGCUCAUGAAACUGCGAAUAAUUUUGUCGGUGUUGCUACAAGGAGCAGUACCAGACCAGCUAAAAGAAUAAAAUCAUCAAACUCUUCGUCAAGUAAAGCAGGAAACCAAGGUUUGAUACCUAAAAUUAUUACUUUGGCCAUAAACAACUUUCACUUCGCGACGGCCAUUUUGACUUUGCAUGCAAAAUUGUCAUUAGAACAUGAGAACGUGCAUCACUCUUUUGGUUGAGUACGAAAAAUGUUUUUCUUUUUUAAGAAAUUUAAGAUUUUUCCAUUUUCUUACCGCUUAUCGUAUAUAAUUCAAAAUAUUACAUGACGGCAGUUAAAAUUUUGUGCUUGAAGGACUUUUGUUUAUUGAUUGAAGUAGGUGUAGUAGGAAGUGUUACACGUUGCAAAUCUAGCACACAAAAUAUUUUUUCUUUCUUACUAAAUUUCUGCUUCUCUUUCUUUAUGAAUUUGAUUGAAUGCCAUAAGGGCAGCAAUAAUUCUUCUUUUUUUUUUCAGAACGGAGCAGUUUUAUUUCAAACAUUUCUAAGAAUUUUUGAAAACAGUAAUUUUUGCUAUUUAAAUUUUGCAAGAUGUAAUUUUUGAGGGCUUGUCAUGAAGUGUAAUUUGUUGAAAACCCACUCUCUCUCGUCUCAUGAUGGAUGAUUUACAAUGCCCAGCUAAUGAUUCCCAGAAGUUUCAUAAAUGUGAUCUCUGCAGUAUGUAAUAGUAUAGAAGCAAUGAGAAAGAUGUUUUUUUCAGUCAGUGACACAGGCAUCUUGGGAAAAAAAAUGCACUAUUACUCCCUUUUUAUAGGAGUCCAUCCUAUGAUCUUUUUGAUUAGUAGUCCAGAUGCUUAACCACUGAGCUCUUCCGAGCCACCCAUGUCACUGACUGGCAUCUUUCUUGUGCAUUAACCAGGCUUAAAAUUCACCAUCACAUUCCUAAAAAAUAUAAUUAGGUUACUCACAGGGGGACCAUCCAAACUGUGCAAGGCAUGGUGAUGUCACGCACAUCAUUUGAACUCAUACAUUUACUGUAUUUUGUAACGGCCGCUCUCGGCUUGAUUUAAGUGAUCUGGAGAAAUGCUUCAUUAAACACAGAAGUUAGCACCUUUUGAUCCCAAAUGUUGAUGUAAGGUAAGAAAGAUGAAUAAAGAUUACUUACCGUAUGAUUUUAGUGUUGUCUACUGCAUUUUUGUUGCAUUUUCAGUUGCUUGAAACUGAUACCUGCGACUAAUACAUAAUAAAAUCAUGUGAUUUUAUGAUUUUUUGAUGCCUUGAAUAAAACCGUAAGGUUUUAUUAUACAUGUAUUAGUCGGGGUUGUUUCAAGCGACUGAAAACGCCAAAAAAACGCAGCAGACGACACUAAUAUCAUAUGGUAAGUAAUCUUAAUUCAUCUUUCUUACUUUACAUCAACAUUUUGGAUCAAGAAUUGCAAUCUUCUGUGUUAAAUGAGGCAUUUCUCCUGAUCACUUAAUAAAAGCUGACAGCAGGCAUUACGAAAUACAGUAAAAUUUACUGUAUUUCACAUGUCAUGUGUGACAUCACGAUGCCUCAAACUGUUUGGAUAGUCUGCCUGUGGUUUACUCAAGUUUGCAAGCAACUUUGAAAACAGAAAAGGAUAACAAUACCAUUUGCAAGAAGAACCUGUCUUUUCUCAAUAUUUGUUGAUCAGUGUUAACCUUUUGAAAAAACCAACCUCACCUGACCAUGUAAGAUUUGCAAUUUUCCAAGUUAUCACAACAUACCGCCGCCUGGUUAGCUCAGUUGGGAGAGCGCCGGUCUGCCAAGUGGGAGGUCGCAGGUUCAAACCCCGGCCAGACCAACACUCAGGGUCUUUAAAUAAGUGAGAAGAAAGUGCUGCCUUUGUAAUGACAUCUGCAAAUGGUUAGACUUUCUAGUCUUCUCGGAUAAGGACGAAAAAUUGCAGGUCCCGUCUCACAGCACUUUCACUGAUUUGUUCUUGUGGAACGUAAAAGAACCCACAUCCCUAUUCGAAAAGAGUAGGGGUCGUAGACCACGGUGGUGUGGCUAACCUUUACGGGUUGUGGGAUUGGGUAGGGAUGGCACCUUGCAUGGGACCUGAGUCCCGUUCGUGCACGUUCCCUCUGGGCAGGCCUGUGUCUAGAAAAGCUGGUAAAUAAAUAAACAUGCCUUUUUCACUUGUUCACCAAAACUAUUCAUUAUCUUUUCACCAGUGAUCGUACUAUUUAAUGGUUUUAACUUACUCUUUGCAGACAGUAAUGGUGCUAAUGAAGGAGGUCCAAACUCAUCAUCACCUCAGGCAAACAGGAGGAAGAAACCACCUAAAAGACAAUGGGAAUCGUGGGGCAAAGCAGAAAAGGAUACAUUUUUUGAGGCUUUACACGAGUAUGGAAAAGAUUUUGACAAGAUCUGUAACUUUAUCGCAACAAAGCACAAGCGAAGGGGUGACCCCCCAGCACUGAUUAAGAACAAAGAUCAAGUGCGACAUUUUUAUUAUCGUACCCUAAAUAAGAUUACAAAGUAUCUUCCAGCAGAUCAACUCAGUGAAAAUGACAGUCACAAGAAAACGGUCAUUGAAUUAAAAGGAUUGAUUUGUUAUGGAGAGUUACGUAAGAAAACUUGUGGCUGGAAUGACAAACAUGGAAAAAAACUUGAAGAAUUACUCAGUCAUGGCACAAUUUCUAUUCGCAGUAAGGGACGAAAUUUCAAAAUCAGAGCACCUGUGUGUCGUGCCCUCAAACGGCUGACAUCAGCAGGGCAGAGCAAGGAGGAAAGUGAGUCUCAGUCCCUUUCUUUGCCAAAUAAGUUGACACUGGAGUUUCUGCCACAUAAUCAUGCAGCUUGGGCUGUAGUACAAAGGUUGUCUAAGAACCCAAGGUUACGAACAACGAUGCCUCCAAAGAAACCAUUAAGUUUGAUGCUCAAUUUUCUGUCAAAGAAGUGGCGUGUUGUAUCUAAUAAGACUCUAGAACCAUUGGACAUGUGUAUUGUUAUUCCACCUGAUUUUUACAUCAACUCAGACGCCGAAAAACAGACAGCGUCUCCACUGUGCAAAGCAUCAUCAGUUGAAACAUGUUUAGUUGAAAAUGUUCCUGCACCCGAUGCCAUUAGAGGAGGAGACACAACACAAAAUAAUUCACCAUCUUCAUUAGUAGAAGAAAAAUGUUCUAGGGCUACUGAUUCUGGUUUUCAAGGGAUCUUACUAACAGAACUCCAGGAAAAGACUGUACUAACUGAAGAAAGUAACAGAUCUUGUGACCCUACAGAGAGACAAAUUCAAUGUGCAACUGUUACUAACAGUCAGACUGACAAAUCAGAAUCUUCUGAAAUGUGUAAUGGUGCCACAAUGGCGUCAAACUCUACUGCCCAAUUGCCAAAGGAGGAUAAACCUGUAUCUUGCGAUAAGGGCCCUCCUAAAUUUUGGACUUCAGAGACAUGUGCAAAUGUUACAUUUGGAGAGAUUUUUUGCAAACUUGGAAGACCACCAAAGUUAAAGCUGGAGUAUACAUGGCGUGACAUUGAGGACAAUCUUGCACCUUCACAAGUUGCAGUUUCACUGUCAAAGCUUGUGGAUGUGGCAACAGUAGAGUUUACCAAAACAAAGGAGAACAGCAGAGUUUCUAAGGCAGCUUCAAAACUUACCAACUCUGCAUCUGCUAAGAGCAGUUCACAACCAGCAGACAAGGAAGUUACCGCAAAAGAAAAGGGAGGGUCAAAGGCAAAAGGCCCUACUACUAAAACGAACCACAAACUCCCAUUUAUUCUACCAUCUGUUGUUACAACAACUGCACAGACAUCAAAAAGUGACACUGUUCUCUCUGACCUCCAGACACGCCCCAAGGUACCCAGGAUGCAGAAACGACAUCAGAGACCAAAUGUGCAUAGAAAUAUUCUGCCACGUCCAGUUGCUAGUCCUAGUUCUGUUCCGCCUGGAGCAGUUGCAGUAUCUUUUAUUCCACAGCCUGGGCAAACUGUAGGUACCAUUCUUGCAGCAGGUGUCAAAACAUCAUCAGUAACUAUGACAUCUCAGUCUAAAGCAACAGUGUCAUCCAAGACACAGUCAGGUGUCUAUUUUUGUGUAUAUGUUUAAUCACUUGUUCAUUUUACUUCCCUCUUUAACAUGAACACAAGUUCCUGCUAAUAGCUAUAAUUUUGUGUAACAGUAGAUUUACAUGAUAUUGUCCCAAGCACACAAUUUCAGAAUGUCUUGUUGGCUUUGUAGCAGUCGUUGUUGUGGUCCAUGAAGUAUUCUGCUCUUAUUGCCCCACUCACUAGAAACGUCAAGUACUGGUGAUUUAGUUUUUUUUCCUUUGCAAAGGACACAAGUGUGCCUUAUAAUGUUUAGUUUAGUAAAUUGGGAAGUUAUAAGCUUAGUACUUACAUGUAUAUAUAUUCAUUGUGAGGUAUUUUGACUUUAAGUGCUUUUGUUUCAGGCACAGCAGGUUGCUCUGAUCACCGUAAAAACUUAACAGAUAAUUCUUCACCUCAAACAGCUACGAGAAAGGCAUCAGCAGAGAAUGGCUUUUCAAGAGAAACCUCUGCUAGUCUGGAUAUGGAAAUGUCAGGAUUUACUGGAACAGAUCUUCUUGAAGUUGUGGACCAGUUUAUGGGUAGUUCAAAAUCACCAACUGAUAAUGUUGCUAUGACAUCAAAUUCUGUAGAUUCCAUCAUUGGCCUUGCGCUAGGGACAGCAUUGGAUGGCAGUGAAACAACCACGGCAAUCACAGGACUUAAUGAAGAUUCAACUUCAUCUUACCUAACUUCUCUUUUGAAUUUAAAACCUUCAAAUCUAGACUUAACAGCACAGCCGAUUAAAACAGUGGACUCAGACACAGCUUUAAGCAUUUCUGGAGUGCAUGUAGAGGAGCUGAAUUCUGGAAUUGCUGGUGUUGGUGUUUCCUCGAGCAUUACCAGUCCAACACUGGAAAAUAUUCUAUAUCCAGUUUCAGAAAGAGGGCAGCGUUCAGUCUCUACUGCUUCUGAUGUGUUUUUCAGCAUCACAGAGCCCAUAAGUAGCAUUGUAGAUUCACAGAGCCAGCCAGAAGCACUUGGUGAUAAAGAGGCUUCACCAGUGUCUUCAUUGUUGUCAUCCUCAAUCACUCCACAGUGGCUCAAUGGAGAGGUAAUACAGUAGUUGUAGUGGCGAUUUUAGUCGUCAAAGCCUUCACAUGAACAUGGGUUUUCUAUGCAUCGGUCUUCCUUCUUUUCUUAAACAGUACUUACAAUGUAUAAAGAAUCUGUUUAAAAAAUACACUUAGUAUCUUUGGUGAUCUUUAACCUCCCUAACUCUUACAACGUCUUAAUUUGAUAUUAUUAGGCAAAAAUAGAUUCUACAGUUAACUUUCACCUUGCAGACACCUCUCUAUAAUGGACACCCUAAUAAUACGGACAGCAGCUAAAUCCAUGGCAAAAAAAUUUAUUAUGCCCAUUUGACUGAAAAAAACUCCUGCUAUUACAGCUUCUCGCUAAUGAGGACACUAACUCAAUGUCCCUAGAGUGUCCGCUUUAAAGGGAGUUGACUGUAAUGACCUGCAGGGCAAGAAAGAGGAUAAGAAACCAAAGUAUUUGGGUCAUGUACAUAAUAUUUACUAUUUGUUCUACUUUUAUUGGAAACUGGUUAAGAUGGAAUCCAUUAGGAAAUUGAGUAAUUUUAAUUUUCAGUGGACAAAAAUCUUUUACUAGAAUGAUUUCAAUCAUAUUGCAUUGUUUUUUACUUUUUUCAAGGGCUAUUAACCCUUUAAGUCCCACGAGUGACCAAAAUGAAUAUUCUUCUAAUGAUGUCAAUACGCAAUAAAGAGGAAAUGUUGCAAGAAUUAAUAAAUUGAUCAGGUGACAGAAAGUGCUUUGACAGGGUUCGUACAGUCUUGAAAAGUCGUUGAAUUUUAGGGGAAGUCCUUGAAAAGUCCUUGAAUUCCAUUUUUCCUUGAAAAGUGCUUAAAUUUCUGUGCAAGUUCUUGAAAAGUCCUUGAAUUUUCUUCAACUUUGAAUGUAGUGGCCUGGAAAGAGUUUUUUAUGCUUUUCGGUUGUCCAAGACAGAAUAUAAAUCAUAGCUGAGUGAAUUUAAAGGUUAUUUACUUAAAGUGCUCUAUGUUUUAUGCAAUAAUUAACUAUCAAUUUAAGACCAGUGAACUGAAAAAUUUAGAGAAGUUGACUGGGAAUAUGCAUUUUCAUACAGUCUGUGAAGUUACAUUCCUAGUAGGUGGUCCUUGAAAAUUUAAUGUGGUCCUUGAAAAGUGCUUGAAAAGUCCUUGAAAACUGGUUGCAAUUUUUUGUAUGAACUUUGUUUCAUCUUCAAACAAAUUCUCUCAACUAAUAUAAGGAAAUGUAUGGAGAUUGGUUUGGAGAAUUAGUAUUUGGAUAUUGGAACUUGAAGGGUUAAUGUAAUAAGUUAUAUGAAAUAACUCCAAAGAAAAUGUUCUUAUGGGAUAACGAACUUCAAAAGCUUCAAGUUUCACAAAAUGAAAUCUUACGCUUGACGAUUUUACCUGUGUUUUCUCAAUUCCAGUGAAAUUUAAAAUUUAUUUUCUCGGGCUCCCAUAAGAACCUUUUCUUUGGAGUUGUUUCAUAUAACUUAUUACAUUUUUAGAACUCCAACUUGAAAAGUGUGAAAAAAAAAUGCAAUAUGGCUUAAAAUAUUCUGGUACAAGGUUUUUGUCCUCAGAAAAUUAAAAUUACUCAGUUUCUUGAUGGAUUCCAUCUUAGGGUUUUUUCUGACAUAUUUCAGAACUUAAGAACAUACAUCUGCAUUUUUGGAAGAUUAUAACAUUCAAUCCAAUUUUACAGUGUGUGGUAUUUAAAGCAGUUUCAAUUCUAACCUUUUUUUAUACUUUCUAUUUUGUGUUAUUUACUUAUUAUUGCUAUUUUUUUUGUUUUUUUAUGCAGCCCUCAAACUUCUCUUUAGGUAGCCUAUUAGGUAAGAAAUGUUGUCUCAAAAUAUGUGUUGGGUUAAAGUGAAGAACAGCUCCCAAAAAGGUGUUUGCCAACAUUAUCCAUGUAGCCAACAAGUCUGUAAUGUCUGAAAAUCCUCUAAAAACUUGUUGGCCAACAGUAUUCAUGAAACCAACAAGUCUGUUAAGUCUGAAGAUAAUCUAAGAGACAGUUAACAAUAGUUAUAUCCACAGUGAGCCAAAAAUGUUUGUCUGCUGUUGUCUUUUAAGUAACCAACUGCCAUUCCACUGUUGCAGCUUGUUGGACAUCAGUUAGCCAAUAGUGUGGCUACAGCAGGCCAUUUGUUGGCUGACAGUUUUCCAAUAGUCAGCAAACAAGCUUUUUUGUGAGCCCUUCUUUACUUCUUCCAAAAUGUUGUGUAUAUACAUGGGUCAGCAUGAACAUGUUGCCUUCAAAAUUUCAUUGAAAUGCUGAAUUGUAAUAGCCCUUAAACUGAUGUGCAGUGGAAAUGUUUUUCUUCUGCUUUGGGGAAAAAGUUUGUUUUUAUUUUUAAGUUGAUUACACUGGCAAUGUUAAAAGAGAUGCAUUCUUCUACACUUCGUUUUUAGUUUUACUGGGAUCAAAUUAACACAACUUGCAAAUAUUUAGAUAUUGCUCUAUUCCUUCCUGGGAAAGGCCGCUUUUCCCAGGUAUUCAGCAGAUGAGAAAAAAAAAGAGAUCUUUGCCAUGGGCCCAAAUGGACUUUGUUGAGUAUGUGCCGCGGUUGCUUGGAUGCCGAACCAUCACUUCUCUUUUCCUCCCGCUUGCCGAAUACCAGGCAAAAGUGGUCUCUGGCAACAGGGAAAUUGUUCUAUACUUAAACCACACUACAGAGCUUACUGAGGUUUUGUUCAAUAAUAAUGAUAAAUAAUUCUUACUGAUUUUUUUCUCUCAUCACAUUUAUUCCAAAAGACAAAUUAAGUACAUCACCAAGAAAAGACGACAAGCCAGUUUGCUUUGAGGUAAGAAGAAUGGUAGUAUCUUCUACCAAACAUACAUAUAAAUAAGCUCUCUAUUGAUUCUCAAAACAAACGUCCUGAUACCAAAGGAACACACAGUAAGUCUGCAUACAAGCCAGGUGACCCAUCCUGCUGGAUCUGAUCCCUGUUUUUCAAAGCAAGAAGUGAUUGAUGCUGAUUGGCCCACAAACAACUUUCUUGGAAUGUAUUAUUAUUUUCCUGUAAUCCGAUCAGUCAACUCUGUUUUAGUGGCCCCAGAUACAGUAGUCACCCUGUAAUUAGGAAUGAAAGGGUUAACAGGUUACAUGUACAUGUAAGUGCUGGUAGUGGUGGUGGUACAUGUGAUAUAAAAUGAAAUUGGGUUGAUCAAAUAUAUCUGUCACUGAGAAUUACUUCACUUUCACCUGUAGCUUAGGGCUGUCAGUUUUUAAGUAGUAGGCUGAUAAUAAAUCGUAGGUGGCUUUGGAACUCGCACCGAAGCCACAAUCUCUUGAGGGCCGAGGCAUCUAAAGACAUUUUGAAAUCUGGAGUAUCAGAAAUGCCAUUUCCGGGGGUUUUCAAGAGGUAUUUUCCACCACAGACACCAUGUUGUUUUGUCAGAAUACACGCAAGAAUGCAAACAAUGCUGUCGAAAUGUCCCAGGUGUUCCACGACAUUGCACGGUUCAAACAUUUCACAGAUCUAAACCUGUUUAAAUAUACGUUCAGUGUCAUUCAAAACUGGGAAACAGUUGCUUUACAAUUUUAUUCGAUGGUGCUUAGUUUUUGUUAGCAGUUAUGGUAGAAGGAUAUGAAAGUAGCUGGCUAAGGAUGGCUAACUAGCCAGCGGUUUUGGCCGGCUACAGGCCCUUAUUGACAGCCCUGAUAUUCUUAGUUAUGACUGUAAUUAUUUUUUUGGCUUUUGUCAUGGUGAUCGUGCUGAAAUCAUUCUUUGUUGUUGUCUACAGGAGACAAAUGGAGUAAGCUCAUUCAAGGACCCAUCUCAAGACCCUUUGAUCAGUACUCAUCACUUGCUAGAUGUAAGUUUGGUGUCCUGAAUUAAUAGUUGAAUUUAAAUAAUAAAAAUACAAUCACAUUCACAAAUAGAAAAUUAAAAUAAGGAUAAGUGAAUUUUUUUUCCCCAGUUUUUUGACUGGUCCGAAACGAGACUUGGCUGAGCAAAAAUUUCUUAAGCCAGUCGUUGUGUCCAGCCACCGUCCAAAAAUAAUUUUGAACCCUCUACAUAUAGUACAGUAGGACUAUGGCAUUGUAAGUGUAAUGCUAUCAAUAACUCUUUAAUGCACCUUUAACUUGUUUGUGUUGCUUUAGCAUUGUAUCAUGGAGAGAUGGCCAUUCCUUUUGCUCCCCCUGCAUAAACUAACACUAGUGUUGGAGGGGUUAUCAAAGAUUGAAGAAUAGCAGGGAUGAACUUUACUUAAAGAAAUAUAUUAUUUAUGUUCUUUUACAGGCGGAGACAGCCUUGCAAGUAAUGAUGGAUGAAAACAGUGUUGACUUUGUCAGGAAAUUCCAAGAUCUUACAAAGGAAAUUGUUGGAGAAAACAGCAGCAAAGCAACCCCUACUUGAGUAAUUUUAAUUUUUACUGGACAAAAAUCUUUGACCAGAAUGAUUCCAAUCAUAUUGCAUUCCUUUUUACUUUUUCAAGGGCUAUUAACCCUAAAGUCCCAUGAGUGACCAAAAUGAAUAUUCUUCUAACGAUGUCAAAUAAAGAGGAAAUGUUGCACGAAUUAAUAAAUUGAUCAGGUGACAGAAAAUGCUUUGACAGGGUUUGCACAGUCUUGAAAAGUCCUUGAAUUUUAGGGGAAGUCCUUGAAAAGUCCUUAAAUUUCUGUGCAAGUCUUUGAAAGGCCUUGAAUUUUCUUCAACUUUGAAGGUAGUGGCCUGGAAAGAGUUUUUUUAUGCUUUUCUGUUGUCCAAGACAAUAUAAAUCAUAGCUCAGAGAAUUUAAAGGUUAUUUACUUAAAGUGCUCUAUGUCUUAUGCAAUAAUUAACUAUCAAUUUAAGACCGGUCAACUGAAAAAUGUAGAGAAGUUGGUGGAGCAAACAGUUCAAGCCUUUAAGUCUUAUUAGAAUAGACUUAUAAUGAACUUUGUUUGAUCUUCAAACAAAUUCUCUCAACUAAUAUAAGGAAAUGUAUGGAGAUUGGUUUGGAGAAUUAUUAUUUGGAUAUUGGAGCUUAAAGGGUUUAUGUAAUAAGUUAUGAAAUAACUCCAAAGAAAAGUUCUUAUGGGAUAACAAACUUCAAAAGCUUCAAAUUUUACAAAAUGAAAUCUAACGCAUGAUGAUUUUACCUUAGCAAAACUAACUACGAGAGAACGACUGGAGAACUGACAAUUUGACUAACAAUUUGACUAAUUUAACUGUGACAAUAGAUGGAUCGCAAUGCACCAAUUACUGAUGACCAAUAACAUUGCAAUGUAAUUGACCAAUCAGACCAAUAACCAGAGUACAAUACCAUCAACUGACAUGAUACAACUCACUUUGACACUGAAGAUGACUACCGCACAGGUUGUCGAAACGUCAGUCACUGUCAACAACAACAGUCCUAUUCAGGACAACGUUCACUCGGACGAUCAAACUCAACCUACUUUUGAAAUGACUCCUAGGUUCAAACCUUUCACACGAUUUUACCUGUGUUUUCUCAAUUCCUGUGAAAUUUAAAAUUUAUUUUCUUGGGCUCCCAUAAGAACCUUUUCUUUGGAGUUAUUUCAUAUAACUUAUUACAUUUUUAGAACUCCAACUUGAAAAGUGUAAAAAAAAUGCAAUAUGGCUUAAAAUAUUCUGGUACAAGAUUUUUGUCUUCUGAAAAUUAAGCUUUUUUCUGAUAUAUGUCAGAACUUAAGAACAUACAUCUACAUUUUUGGAAGAUUAUAACAUUCAAUCCAAUAAUAUUUUACAGUGUGUAGUAUUUAAAACAGUUUCAAUUCUAACCUUUUUUUACUUUCUAUUUCGUAUUAUUUAUUUAUUUAUGCUAUUUUUUCUCUUUGUUAUACAGCCCUCAAACUUUUCUAUAGGCAGCCUAUUAGGUAAGAAAUGUUGUCUCAAAAUAUGUGUUGGGUUAAAGUGAAGAACAGCUCCCAAAAACGUGUUUGCCAACAUUAUUCAUGUAGCCAACAAGUCUGUAAUGUCUGAAAAUCAUCUAAAAACUUGUUGGCCAAACAGUAUUCAUGAAGCCAACAAGUCUGUUAAGUCUGAAGAUAAUCUAAGAGACAGUUAACAAUAUAUCCACAGUGAGCCAGAAAUGUUUGUCUGCUGUUGUCUUUUAAGUAACCAACUGCCAUUCCACUGUUGCAGCUUGUUGGACAUCAGUUAGCCAAUAGUCGGCCUACAGCAGGCCAGUUGUUGGCUGACAGUUUUCCAAUAGUCAGCAAACAAGCUUUCUUGUGAGUUCUUCUUUACUUCUUCCAAAAUGUUGUGCAUAUACAUGGGUCAGCAUGAACAUGUUGACUUCAAAAUUUCAUUGAAAUGGUGAAUUGUAAUAGCUCUUAAACUGAUUUGCAGUUGAAAUGUUUUUCUUCUGUUUUUUUUUUUUAAAUUUAAAGUUGAUUACACUGGCAAUGUUAAAAGAGAUACAUUUUUCUACACUUCGUUUUUAGUUUUACUGGGAUCAAAUUAAUACAAGUUACACAUAAUUUAGAUAUUGCUCUAUUCCUUCCUGGCAGAGACCUCUUUUCCCAGGUAUUCAGCAGAUGAAAAAGAAAGAGAUCUUUCAUUUGCCGUAGGCUCAAAUGGACUUUGUUGAGCAUGUACCGCAGUUGCUUGUAGGCUGAACCAUUACUUCUCUUUUCUUCCUGUUUGCCGAAUACCAGGGAAAAGAGGCCUCUUUCAGCAAGGAAAUUGUUCUGUAUUUUGAAAGCAGUAACCACACUACAGAGCUUACUAGUUUCUUGUUCAAUAAUAAUGAUGAAUGUUUCUUACUGAUUUUUUUUCUCAUGACAUUUGUUCCAAAAGACAAAUUAAGCACAUCACCAAGAAAAGAAGACAAGUCAGUUUGCUUUGAGGUAAGAAGAAUGGUAGUAUCUUCUACCAAACUUACAUAUAAAUAAGCUCUCUAUUGAUUCUAAAAACAAAUGUCCUGAUGCCAAAGGAACACACAGUAAGUCUGCACACAAGCCAGGUGACCCAUCAGGCUGAUUGAUGCUGAUUGACCCAUAACCAACUUUCUUGGAAUUUAUUAUUAUUUUCCUGUAAUCCGAUUGGUCAGCUGUCUUAGUGGCCCCAGAUACAGUAGUCGCCCUGUAAUUAGGAAUGAAAGGGUUAACAGGUUACCUAUAAGUGCUGGUAGUGGUGGUGGUACGUGUAAUAAAAAGUGAAAUUGGGUUGAUCAAAUACAUCUAACUGUGACUGAGAGUCACCUCGCUUUCAUCUGCAGCUUGAUUGUGUCAUAAUAUUCUCAGGGCUGUCUAAAAGUUUUUAGGUAGUAGGCUGACAAUGAAUAGUAGGCAGCUUUGGAAGUCACACCAAAGCCACAAGCUCCUGAGGGCCAAGGCAUCUAGGGACAUUUUGAAAUUUAGUCUCGGAAAUGCCAUUUCCAGGAGUCUUCAAGAGGUAUUUUCCCCUGCAGACACCAUGUUGUUUCAUCAGAAUACACACACGAAUACAAGACUGGGAACGACACUGUCAAAAUGUCCCAGGCGUUCCACAACAUCGCACGGUUAGAACAUUUCACAGAUCUAAACCUGUUUAAAUAUAUGUUCAAUGUCAUUCAAAAAUGGGCAACAGAUGCUUUACAAUUUUAUUCGAUGGUGCUUAUUUUUUGUUAGCAGUUAUGGUAGAAGGAUAUGAAGUAGCCGGCUAAGGAUGGCUAACUAGCCGGCAGUUUUGGCCGGCUACUGACCCUUAUUGACAGCCCUGAUAUUCUUAGUCAUGACUAUGAUUAUUUUUUGGCUCUUGUUAUGGUAAUCAUGCUGAAAUCAUUCUUUGUUGUUGUCUACAGGAGACAAAUGGAGUAAGUUCAUUCAAGGACCCAUCUCAAGACCCUUUGAUCAGUACUCAUCACCUGCUAGAUGUAAGUUUGGUGUCCUGAAUUAAUAGUUGAAUUUUCAGCUUUUGGUAAACCAACUAAUAAUAUAGACAUUUCUCGACAGUUACUUCGUCUCGGGUUUGUAUAACUGUCUCGAAUUCUCCCAACCACUCUCGUGUUUAUAUCAGGCUAUGCAAACACGGAAAAUAUUUCCUAUUGCUUAAAUAGCAACAGGCUUUUUCUCUUAACAGCUGAUGUGAAACAAGGAAACUUGCUGUUAUUGAUGUUUGAUCUAUCCUCCACUUUAGCAUGGUAUUAAAGCUCUGUCAAGUUAUUGGGCUUUUAGCCUCUAUUUUAGACAAUUAACAUCUCUUUUUGAAGAAUAGCUUGGACAAUCAAACAAAAUGUUUUGUAAACAAGAUCCGACCUAGGAUAACAAGCUUUUUUGCUCUUAGUGCUUUUUGCUAAAGUGAAACCCUGUUCAUACAACCACCCAAGGUUUAUGAAAGCUUUUUUUUUUAAUUUUUGGGCUAAAGCAAUUUGGUCGUAGUGCAAGUUGCUUGCACAGCAUAGUUAAACCUUCCACUGAUGGGACAUCCCAUACAGACAAAUACAAGAAUAUACAUCUAGGCUCAAAAUAAUGGCUGGUCAGCAGCCAAUGUCUGUUCAGAGCAAUGAAAUGAACGGCCAAAAACUUCACUUACCAGUCAUGUUGACUGGUCACUCACACUCUCAUUCUUGGAAGAAAAAACAGCCAAAUCCUUACCUGUAAAUCUUAGAUUUUGUCUCUUUGUAAAAAUACAAUCACAUUCACAAAUAGAAAAUUAAAAUAAGGAUAAGUGAAAUUUUUUUCCCCAGUAUUUUGACUGGUCAGAAACGAGACUUGGCUGAGCAAACAUUUCUUAAGCCAGUCAUUGUGUCCAGCCGCCGUGCAAAAAUAAUUUUGAGCCCCCUACAUGUCGUACAGAAGGACUAUGGCAUUGUAAGUGUAACGCUAUCAAUAACUCUUUAAUGUACCUUUAACUUGUUUAUGUUGCUUUAGCAUUGUAUCAUGGAAAGAUGGCCAUUCCUUUUGCCCCCCUGCAUAAACUAACACUAGUGUUGGAGGGGUUAUCAAAGAUUGAAGAAUAGCAGGGAAGAACUUUACUUAACCAAAUAUUGGUAAAUUUGUAAAGCUGGUAACCUUUUAUUUUAUGUUCUUUUACAGGCGGAGACAGCCUUGCAAGUAAUGAUGGAUGAAAACAGUGUUGACUUUGUCAGGAAAUUCCAAGAUCUUACAAAGGAAAUUGUUGGAGAAAACAGCAGCAAAGCAACCCCUACUGAGCUAACGUUCCCUUCCCUGACUUCCAAUGAAGCUAACAGUCGAUCCUCUGAUGAAAGCAAUAGUGAUGGUUUAAAUUUCAGGAGCAUCCUGCGACAGCAUAACGUGAAUAGUAGUUAAGAUUGUAACUCAAACCUCUAUUUCUACUAGGCCAGGGUUCAAAUCAAGGUGAAGUCCUUUAUUCACCUCCUAAUUACCAUGAGAAAUGAGUGGAAAACGUUGAAGCCAGGGACACUGUUUUUUGUCAAAAUUUACAUGGCAAAUUAAUGUGUAGUUUGACUUAAAAUAGUAGUGAAAAACGCUUUUAUGCAAAGAUAAACGGUAAGUUGAAUAGGCUGAUUUUGAUGUGUUAACCCUUUCACUGCCAGACUCCUAAGCUGGUUCUAACGUUUUUACUUUCUCAAAGCCUGUUUCCGACUUGCAUUGCUCGCUUGCUUUUGCUCGCUUUGUUAGCGUCCCUUGCGUCUUUGGCACUCAUGCAGUCAACUUGUGGCAAGUCUACUUUUGUGGACAGAAUCCUGCACUGUGACCAUUGAAAUAAAACCUCUUUGGAGGGUGUUUUUAUUUAGUAUUUUUUUCUAACUUUUGUGUCUAGGGACAAAAUUCCGUGGUGUGACCAUUCAAAUGGAACCUCUUCAGCAGUACUUUCACAUGGUGCUAUUUAUUUAGUAUGUAGUUCUAACUUUUGAGUUUGUGGACAAAAUCCUGCGGUGUUACCAUUCAAAUGAGAAACGUCUUUGGCGGUUCUGUCACAUGGUGACAUUUGUUUUUCAGAAUUGUGCAAAAUGAAAUUUGGAAAUUUUGUGGAAUUUUGACUUUGGCCACUUAUGGCAGUGAUUGGGAUAACACUCUUAGUGGCUCUGAGGAAUCACGUUUAGGUUCAGGGUUAAAUGAUUCAUUUGUAUUUGUUUCAAGUCUCUGAACCACUAUGAAUUUAAAAUUGGCCUAAUAAUAGUAAUAAUAUCAGCUGAACCCAGCACAUUUAGUUUAUCUUUUUUGAUAUCUGUUAAGGUUGCCGUUUAAGGGUAAAGGUCCCUGGCUUUUACAGUACUUUUAUUUCAUUAUAUUCCCUGUGGGCACCUUUUGGUGCUUUGCCUAUCAGAGUUGAUAUUUAAGAUGCCAAGUGUUAUUUGAAAAUUGAUAGAGGUAGCCUUUAAAAGGAAAGGCCCUCUAAUUAUCCCUUUGUGCGUUCAAAUGUUAACAAAACCAUAUCGCGUUUGUUGGUGAAUAUAUUUACUUAAAUUCAAUACCAACCCCGUGAAUACAUGUCACUAGUCUUUUUAUUCAGCUGUCUUAUUGAGCUCAACUGGACAGUUCCUGUUACAAUAACGUUUUUUUAAACAGGAAAGACAUGUUGCCUUCUUUCUUCUCCAUUUAUUGAGAGUUCACCAAGUUAUGACUCGUGGAAGAAAAAUACUGAACUUAUUAAUGGUUAAAGUGAUUUUUUGAGAUGAUUCCCUAACCUGGCGCUUAUUUCUUGUGGUUGUGAUACAUUAUCCCCGGAGGAGGGGGGGGGACACCAAUAUUAAAGUGACGGGGAUGCUCGUCGUCUCGCUUUGGGGUGUAAAUUGCAGAUUUUGGUCUUCCUUAGGGCGUGUGGGAUGGAAGGGGCACUAUAUUUGCACAUUCAGGUAUCGCUUAGUACUGUGCACAAAGAAACUUACAAAAAAUGCCCUAACACUGACCACACAGAAAUCUCCCUGGGAGGUCAGUUAGAGCUUGAGCCACACCUGCAUUGGUCUCCCUUAGGGGUUAAUUUAUAUUUUCGCAUGGGCAUCCCCGUCACUUUUAUAUGGGAGUCUCCCCGGGACAUUAUCCCUCUCACUCUCUCAGUGAAUGAUGGGAGUCUUGUAAGGUGGUGCUAACUUCCAAAUCUGCUAGUGAGAUCCUAUGGUGAAACCAUUCAAAUGAAACCUCUUUAGCAGUACUUUCACAUGGUACUAUUUAUUUAGUAUGUAGUUCUAACUUGUGAUUUUGUGGAUGAAAUCCUGUGGUGUAACCAUUUAACCCUUUAAAUCCCAAUAGUGAUCAAGAUCACUUUUCUCCUAACAAUAUCCAUACACUUUCAUAAGAUAAGUUAUGAGAAUUGAUAAAAUGAUCACGCAAGAGAAAAUGCCUUGAUCUAUUAUCAACUUCUCUCAACUAAUUCUGUAAGGAAAUGUAUGGAGAUCAGUUUGGAGAAUUUUUAUGUGGAUAAUGGGGCUUAAAGGGUUAAAUCAAUUCUCUUCAGCUGUACUUUCACAUGGUAGAGUUAGUACUACUAUUGGUUUUUCAAUGGAAUUUGGAAAUAUGGCGAAUCUUUUGGGAUCAUUAUACGUUUCUGGGAAACUGCCCAUCUAACCCUCCCCUAAGCCAUCAUUUUGCCUUGGGAGUGAUAGGGGUAUCCAGACGUUGCUGAACUUGUAAAGGUUUAUCUUGAGACAGUAGAAUGGGUAUAAAAUCGGUUCUGUUUGAGACAUUUCUCGCAACUUCUCUGUGUCACAACCAUCGUUGGUUUAGGGAAACAUAUUCUUACGUCCACAUCGAGACUUAAAACAAAAUUCAUUGUUUUAUCCCAAAGAGUCAGAGAGUUAUUGUGCAAAAUGCUUUUGGUGUUAGAAGCGAAUAAGAGAGAUUUAUAUAAAUUGUAAAUAAGUAACUUAAUAAAGAGGAAGAG